AUGUAUUCAUUUAACAACACCUUGGGGGUUAUCAUUAUAUGGUUCUUUUUGUGUGAUAUUAGAAAUAAAAUCAGCAAUGAAUCAAACUCUUGUGAUACCAAGAUCAACACUACUAUUGCUAAAGAAAUCAUCAAGAUUAGAGCCGAAAUUAAUAAUGAUCUUACUGCAAAAAUAAAUUUCUGUGAUGCUAAUUAUGCAACGAAAGCACAGAAUAUCAUUACCAUGAUUAAUGAUGCGUAUGAGAAAUAUAACAAAAUCAAACAUGUUCUAGAAAUCUACUAUAAUAAUUUUAAUCAAAUUGUUAAUGAAUUUGAAACAAUCAGAAGAACUAUUACAACACUUCAAGACAAAAUUAAUCAACGAUACUCCCUUAUCCAAAGCAUAAGCAGAAGAGAAUCUGAUCAACAAA